UCGUCCCCAGGACUGCGGGAGGGGCCCCGCGCCCCCGCCUUCGGAGGAGCCCGAGCCGCAGGAUGCGCGGGGACGCGCCACCGCCCUCCGCGCCCAGUUCCUCCGGCGCUUCCCCGGCGGCUCACGGGCGCUGACUCUCCCGGGCUUUUCCGCCCUUCUCGCUCCCGCCCCGCCGGGCGGUUCGGCGGCCGGUCCCUGGACCCCGCCGGGAGCUGCUCCUCUCACCCUCACCACGGCGCGGACAAUAAAUUAAUGCAUCGCGCUUGAGUGGAGGGGGCGGCUGGGCGCCUCGGUGGCGGCUUUCUUGUCUGGCUGGAGACGACCACAACCGACAUGGGCUGUUUCUGCGCUGUUCCGGAAGAAUUUUACUGCGAAGUUUUGCUCCUGGAUGAAUCCAAGUUAACUCUUACCACCCAGCAGCAGGGCAUCAAGAAGUCAACGAAAGGUUCUGUUGUCCUUGACCACGUAUUCCAUCACGUAAACCUUGUGGAGAUAGAUUAUUUUGGGCUACGUUACUGUGACAGAAGCCAUCAGACGUAUUGGCUGGAUCCUGCAAAAACCCUUGCUGAACACAAAGAACUGAUCAACACUGGACCUCCAUAUACUUUGUAUUUUGGUAUUAAAUUCUAUGCUGAAGAUCCAUGUAAACUUAAAGAAGAAAUAACCAGAUAUCAGUUUUUCUUGCAGGUGAAGCAAGAUGUCCUUCAGGGCCGCCUGCCCUGUCCCAUCAACAUUGCUGCUCAGCUGGGAGCGUAUGCCAUCCAGUCGGAGCUUGGAGAUUAUGACCCAUAUAAACAUACUGCAGGAUAUGUAUCUGAGUACCGGUUUGUUCCUGAUCAGAAGGAAGAACUUGAAGAAGCCAUAGAAAGGAUUCAUAAAACUCUAAUGGGUCAGGCUCCUUCUGAGGCUGAGCUGAAUUACUUGAGGACUGCCAAAUCGCUGGAGAUGUAUGGUGUUGACCUCCAUCCCGUCUAUGGAGAAAACAAGUCUGAGUAUUUCUUAGGAUUAACUCCGGUUGGUGUUGUUGUCUACAAGAAUAAAAAGCAAGUGGGGAAGUAUUUCUGGCCUCGGAUUACAAAAGUUCACUUCAAGGAGACUCAAUUCGAACUCAGAGUACUGGGCAAAGAUUGUAACGAAACCUCAUUCUUUUUUGAAGCUCGGAGUAAAACUGCUUGCAAGCACCUCUGGAAGUGCAGUGUGGAACAUCAUACAUUUUUUAGAAUGCCAGAAAAUGAAUCUAAUUCACUGUCAAGAAAACUCAGCAAGUUUGGAUCCAUACGUUAUAAGCACCACUACAGUGGCAGGACAGCUUUGCAAAUGAGCCGAGAUCUUUCUAUUCAGCUUCCCCGGCCUGAUCAGAAUGUGACAAGAAGUCGAAGCAAGACUUAUCCUAAGCGAAUAGCACAAACGCAGCCAGCUGGAUCAAACAGCAUCAGUAGGAUAACUGCAAACAUGGAAAAUGGAGAAAAUGAAGGAACAACUAAAAUUAUUGCACCUUCACCAGUAAAAAGCUUUAAGAAAGCAAAGAAUGAAAAUAGCCCUGAUACCCAAAGAAGCAAAUCUCAUGCACCGUGGGAAGAAAAUGGCCCCCAGAGUGGACUCUACAGUUCUCCCAGUGACCGCACUAAGUCACCAAAGUUCCCUUAUACGCGUCGCCGAAACCCCUCCUGUGGAAGUGACAAUGACUCUCUACAGCCUGUGAGGAGGAGGAAAGCCCGUAACAGUGGUGAAGAUUCAGAUCUGAAGCAAAGGAGGAGGUCACGUUCACGCUGUAACACCAGCAGUGGUAGUGAAUCGGAAAAUUCUAAUAGAGAACACCGGAAAAAGAGAAACAGAAUACGGCAGGAGAAUGAUAUGGUUGAUUCAGCGCCUCAGUGGGAAGCUGUAUUAAGGAGACAAAAGGAAAAAAACCAAGCCGACCCCAACAACAGGCGAUCCAGACACAGAUCUCGUUCGAGAAGCCCCGAUAUCCAAGCAAAAGAAGAGUUAUGGAAGCACAUUCAAAAGGAACUUGUGGAUCCAUCCGGAUUGUCAGAAGAACAAUUAAAAGAGAUUCCGUACACUAAAAUAGAGACACAAGGUGACCCAAUCCGCAUCAGGCAUUCUCAUUCGCCACGAAGUUACCGCCAGUAUCGCAGGUCCCAGUGUUCAGAUGGGGAGCGAUCAGUUCUCUCGGAAGUGAAUUCAAAAACAGAUCUUGUACCACCGCUUCCGGUGACCCGUUCUUUGGAUGCUCAGGGUUCUGGGGACGCUACAGUUCAUCAGGUUAGUAAUAGUAAAGUUUGAAGAAGGUGUUGUAUUGAUGACAAUUUUGAGAAGCAUUUUGUGCUUUGGAAAGUUCCUUUAGGGAGGUAGGGCAGGCAAUGAAACCUUAAUGUCAUUCUGAGAUUCUGCAUUUUAAAAGAACGUGUAGAAAUCAUGGAACGAAAAGUGCAUGAUCAAGAAUGCUGGCACAAUCUGGGAAGAGUUAGGAAUAACAGGUAGAGGUAGUGGGGCAAAGCUGAGGAUAACAAAGAUGGUAAGACCAUUUGGAGCCAGAAUAAAGAAACAAUUGUUUCACUAAUUAAAAAGCAAUAGUAACAACAGGUAUUUUGAGCCAGAGAAACAAAGAGAAAGUGAUAGACUCACAUUGUUAACUGAUAGCAGACAGAAUUACUUAAGUCCUGUUUUAUUUCUGUCUUCUCCAUCACAAUUACUUUAAUUCUGGAAAUGUUUUUAAAAAGGAAUUCCGAGACAGAACACCUAGCUGCCUUAACAAAGUCACUUUAACACUUAGCUGCAUUUGAUAAUCAGGGGAACGCUGUAGCAAACAUAGUUCAGGAAGGGUUUCAUACCACCUCUCAUGAUGUACUUUUUAAUAAGAUGGGAAAAAAUGUGGGCUGAAUAAGACAGUUGGAUGGAUUUAUAUCUGGUUAAACAACCACUGUAAAACUCUAAAAACAAAGUUGAUGUGUCUGAUGGAUCAGGGUCAGCCCAUUGUUUGUCGUGUUGUGGUUUUCAGUGUCAUUUGAUCAUGGAUCCUUUAGAAAAGCCAGUUGUGUCUGCUGACUCUCAUCCCAUAAAAAUGCACGUAAGCACAUGUAGUUUUUGGACCACGUAAGAAGCCUGACACCAGCAGUAUGUAUCAUUUGUGGCCCUUUUUGUUUUUAUUAAUGACUGGAGCAAGGCCUGUGCUAAUUUAGGUUAGGUUCCCUAGAUAGAUUCUGAAAUCUGCAUGCAGGAAGCUUGUUGGAAAGUGCCCACGGGAUCCAUACUUGUUGGGGAGAAAGUGAAAGACGGGUUUGGGCAGAGGCAAGAGCUGAUCCCACAGGGAGCUCUAGAGCUGAGAUGGCUCUUCAAAUUCAUCCUACUUUGAGACAAGGGGGUUGAACCUUUACACAUUCACAUUCACCCCAUAUAAGCCACUGGGUAAGGGAUGUUCUGGGAGGGGGGGGGUUCUCUUCAACUGAGGGCAGUUCCUGUGGAGGGGCUCAGUUUUGAGCUACACAGCAGGCAACACUCCCAACAGCUGGAGAAUGAAUGCCUCAGUCUAGAAUGGAGAUCUGCAUGGUAAACACAGCUUCUACUAUAAUCUGCAUAAUAUUUGAUGAGAUCAGCCUGGGACAGCUAAUAGGUUGUCCAAAUAGACGAUUGGUUUAAAGUUGACAGUACUUUUUCAAAAUUAUAUUCAUGAUAAAGUUUAGGCUUUGUAUUCUGACUGACCUGAAUCAUUUGUGUUUCAUCUCUGCGUACUACUUGUGUAACUUUAAUACUGCUAAACUUCUAAGUCUCAAUUUUUAUACAGUGUAGAUAACCUACCUCCUAGGGUUAUUGUGAUGAUUAAUAAGCAGUUAUCUUUCGGUGUUUUUUUUUUUUGUCUUAAUUUUAAUUGGUUUCAAUACAAGUAGUAAUUUUUAUUUCCACUCAGGAAUUAAAAAACGUACACAUAUUCAAAGUUGGAAGAAUAGCUUUCACCUUGCAGGACACAAGAACUCACAUGCAUCUUCUGAUCAGUGGCACUGAUUCUAAGCCUGUCUCCAGGACACUUUUGAUUUUGAAUUCAGUAAAUAUCCAGUAAGCCCCUCUCAGGAGUGUCGAGAACUGGUCUGAGCAAUCAGCAAACCAUGGCCCUAAGAGCCAAAUCUAGUCUGCUGCCUUUGUAUAGGCCAGAAGCCAGUAAUGGUUUUUACACCUUUAAAGGGUUGUUUAAAAGCAAAACAAAAUAACGGUAACACGUGACACAAACAGGAUGUAUUUUACAGUCUGGCUCUUUAUAAAAAAGUUCGAUGACCCUAGCCUAGACCUGGAGGCAUGAAAGUAAACAGUUAAAACAAAUAGGAGUAUGCAUUACAAAGAAGUGCCUGAACAGAGAAGCAACAAAGUGACCUCACUUUACAUGUUUAGGGUGGUCAGAGGCAUUUAAAGCUGAGACCUGGCAGGUGAGGAGCCAGCCAUGUGAGUGGCCACAAGGCUGAUGUAAUCAGAAUGAGGAAUAUAGGGAAAAUGCUGACUCUGGAGAGGGCCUGUGUAUUUGAGGAGCUGAAAGACCAACAUGCACUGAGCAUGAGGGGAAAGGCAGAUAACACAAGGACUUAAAGGCUGUGGGAAGCGUUUGGAUCUUACUGUUUUAUUCCAAGUGCUAAAAGGAAGCCACUCAUCUGGCUGCCAUGUGGAGAAGGGGCUGGAGUGACCGAUGGAAGCUGGAAAGGUACAUUUCCUAAUAUAACUUUAAGUUCUAAAUUCCACCACAAUGCCACCAGAGUUCUGGCAGUGACCUGCACUACACCUCACCUUGCCUUUUCACGCAAAGGCUGCUAACAAUGGGGAAGAAUAGCAACUUAAUUUCUUAAGGUCUGCAGAGUGGACAGAUUAAAUCCUAGACAAACUUACAACAUAGUACUUAUUUCAGGUCCUCUCCUAGCACUUUUUUCUGGUAAUUCUGCUAUAUUCUCUCACAUUCACUGGUGUCCUCUUCCCACCUCUGGGUAUCUAGAAGUCUUCCAUCCCAAAUAGAUUGGUUCAUGCUUCCCAUGAUAGGCAGAAUAAUUAUUCCAUCAGUGCUUUUUGAAUGUCAGUAAAACAAAUUAAGCCAGUCAUAGGAACAGAUUAAAGGUAACUGCAUUUUAAAAGAGGGAUUUAUUUUUUUUUAGCUCAAACAAAUCUCAAAAUAGAUUGGGACAGUGUAUGUAGCCCAUUAUUUGUGGGAAUAUACAUUUGGGGAAGGAAAUAUGCUUGCCAGCCUGGUACACUGACAAUGUUAGACCAUCUCUUGGAAGUCAGAGGAGGGGUUUGCAUAAGAGGAGCAGUUGUGAGUUAGUGUCAUUCUCAGAGCCUCCACCUGUGAUGAUGGGAGACGUGUAAAACCUAAGUUUUACAAAGUGGUGGAUGUGGUGCCCAGGCUCUGGUAAUCAGCUGCCCUGUUUCUCCAUAUAAGACAAGCGAUAGGGGCUCACAAGACAUUGUUCCAUUCAUUGACUACUGAAAAUAUAAUCAGGGGAUUAUAAAUUCCCUCCAACUCUCCAUCACUAUCCUGUUUGGAAGAGUGAGAAGGUUGAGAUCCUGGUUUGGGAAUUAUUAACAAAAGUAAUGACACUGAUUUGGGUGAAUUAUGCCUAAUAUUCAUGAAUAAAAUCGUUAUGCAUGUAAAUGUCAGACUAACUUUGUAUAUUAAACAAAGUUUAAAUACAGGCUUUGUUUAUUUUGCACAAGUAUUUAGAGGGAACAUUUAUUGAAUAGCUUUUGGUAUUAUGAAACUUUUGAAUUAACUCAGUAUCUUAAAUUUAAGAGCAGCUUGGUUUCUGAUGCAAUUAAAAUACUUCAUUUGGCUGU